AGGAUGGUUCUGAAAGAAUGAUUGAAUCUCUUUCUCUUAUUGAUGCUGUCAUGCCAGAUGUUGUAGCUUCACGGCAACAACAAGCUCAUACUGCUAAGAAUCCUGUUGUUCGAACAGAAGCAAAUAAUGCAAAUGGGGAGGAUGGUAGUCAAAAUUAUUCUAAUCAUACAGAUAAUAUGGAAGUUGAUGGAAGUAUUGAAAUACCAAGUACUAGAGCAACAAUUCUAAGAGGACAUGAAUCUGAAGUAUUUAUAUGUGCUUGGAAUCCAACAUCAGAUCUUUUAGCAUCAGGCUCUGGAGAUUCCACUGCAAGAAUAUGGAAUAUGAAUGACAAUACAUCUAGUGCAAAUCAGCUUGUUUUAAGGCAUUGUAUUCAGAAAGGUGGUGCUGAAGUACCAAGUAAUAAAGAUGUUACAUCUUUAGAUUGGAAUAGUGAUGGUACAUUAUUAGCUACGGGCUCUUAUGAUGGAUAUGCUCGGAUAUGGACUACUGAUGGUCGAUUAGCAAGCACAUUAGGUCAACAUAAAGGUCCUAUAUUUGCUUUGAAGUGGAAUAAGAAAGGAAAUUAUAUCUUAAGUGCUGGUGUUGAUAAAACUACUAUUAUUUGGGAUGCUAGUACAGGACAGUGCACACAACAAUUUGCUUUUCAUUCAGCCCCUGCAUUAGAUGUUGACUGGCAAUCAAAUACUAGUUUUGCAUCUUGUUCUACUGAUCAAUGUAUACAUGUAUGUAAAUUAGGGUUAGAUAAGCAAGUGAAGACAUUUACAGGUCACACAAAUGAAGUAAAUGCUAUUAAAUGGGAUCCUCAAGGUACAUUACUUGCUUCGUGUUCAGACGACAUGACAUUAAAGAUUUGGAGUAUGAAACAGGAUUCAUGUGUACAUGACUUACAAGCUCACAGUAAAGAAAUUUAUACAAUUAAAUGGAGUCCAACAGGUCCAGGAACAAAUAAUCCAAAUAUGAAUUUAAUAUUAGCAAGUGCUUCAUUUGAUUCAACUGUUCGUCUUUGGGAAGUAGAAAGAGGAGCAUGUCUUUAUACUUUAACGAAACAUACAGAACCUGUUUAUAGUGUAGCAUUUAGUCCUGAUGGAAAGUAUUUAGCUAGUGGGUCUUUUGACAAAUGUGUUCACAUUUGGUCAACUCAGAAUGGAGCCCUCAUUCAUAGUUACAAAGGUACAGGUGGAAUAUUUGAAGUUUGUUGGAACUCCAGAGGUGAUAAAGUGGGAGCUAGUGCAUCAGAUGGAAGUGUGUUUGUUCUGGAUUUACGUAAAUUAUAGCAAGGAUUAAAAAACAAAAACAAAGACUGAACAUCACUGGUUGCAUAGAUGGAAUACUACAAUGUAGUUUUUUCUGUCGUAAUCAGAUUGGUCUCAUCCAAAUCUCAUCCCUCGCAUCAAUAACAGCCAAUCAUUUCAUUAAAAAAAAAGGAUGAAGUCGGACCCAUAAGUGUUUCAUCGGCAUGUAAUGUGGUUGUUUGUUUUAUGUAACAGUGGACAGUGCCUUAUUAGCCAUAAUUAAUGAAUAAAAUGGACAGAAAUGUAGAAUUUGUAAAAAAGCAAAGAUGAAGAGAUGCCAUUGCUAUUGUCAUUAAACAUUUGUAUUAUAGAUUGAACUUCAGAAAAAGAACAGUUGUCAUUUUUUAUCUAAACAUAUUCUGUCCUUGUAAUGUUGCAUAUGUUUUUGUGGAAACUUUUGUAAAAUACUGAAGCAUUCAACCAAAAUCUUCCAUUUAGUGAUAUUUUUUAUUACUUCCAAAUAAUAAUUGGAGAAAUUUGAAAGGAAGGAAAGAAAAAUGUAACAGUUAUGCCAGGAAAAUGAUUAAAUUAGAAAAUACCUGCUUUUAAAUUCAAAAAAUGAAA